AUGGACACAUCAAGCUUCAUCAAUGCUCUACGACACUUCUUUGCAGUGCGUGGUCCAGUAAAGGUGAUCCGCUCUGACUGUGGGACGAAUUUUAAGGGAGCCUGCAAAGAGCUGCAAAUCAUCCUACAAGAUGAGAAUAACAUCUCAAAGUAUCUUAAUGAGGAAGGAUGCACGUGGCUGUUCAACCCACCCCACUCUUCCCAUAUGGGGGGAGUGUGGGAAAGAAUGAUCGGGGUUUCAAGACGGAUCCUUGACUCCAUGCUUUCUCAGACUAGCUCCUCGCAUCUUACUCACAAAGUGCUUUCGACUCUUAUGGCUGAGGUUACCGCAAUGAUAAAUGCAAGGCCUCUCGCACCUAUCUCAGCUGAUGCAGAAUCACCCUUUCUUCUGACCCCAGCCACGAUCCUGACACAGAAGGUCUGCACUACUUCUCCUCCACCAGGAUCCUUUGAAAAUGCAGAUCUAUAUCGUCAGCAGUGGAAAAGAGUCCAGCAUUUGGCAAAUGCCUUUUGGGAGAGAUGGAGACGAGAAUAUCUUUCUACUCUACAGAGCCGAAGCAAGUGGCAAGACAGUCAGCCCAAUGUCAAGGAAGGAGACUUGGUGCUGCUCAGAGACUCUCAGGUGAAAAGGAACCAAUGGCUCAUGGCUCUCGUUACCAAGGCUCACCCUGAUGACGACGGUAAGGUCAGGAUGCUUGAGCUGAAGGUUACCAAAGGAGGGACUAUUAAGACCUUCCUCAGGCCGUUGUUUAAAGAAAUAAGCUUUGCAUAUGAAGUUUUAUCGAACCCAGAGAAACUUUACGAUCAUUAUGGUGAACAAGGUCUACGAGAGAGUGGUGGUGGAGGAAGUGGAAUGGACAAUAUUUUCUCACAUAUCUUUGGUGGGGGCCUCUAUGGGUUCAUGGGUGGUCAAGGUAGAAACCGCAACAGUAGACGAAGGGGCGAGGAUAUGGUGCAUCCCCUAAAGGUUUCUUUAGAAGAUUUGUACAAUGCAAAGACGACUAAACUACAGCUGAGCAAAAAUGUUCUUUGUAGUUCGUGUAGUGGUCAGGGUGGAAAGCCAGGAGCUGUUCAAAAGUGCAGUGCUUGCCGAGGAGGUGUGAGGAUCAUGAUCAGACAGUUGGCACCAGGGAUGGUUCAGCAGAUGCAAUCUGUGUGCUCCGAUUGUAAUGGAGAAGGUGAGGUUAUCAAUGAGAAGGAUCGGUGCAAGAAAUGCGAGGGGAAGAAGGUGAUAAAGGAAGUGAAGAUUUUAGAAGUCCAUAUCGAUAAAGGGAUGAAACAUGGACAGCGUAUUACGUUUAGUGGAGAAGCAGACCAGUCUCCUGGCGUGGAGCCUGGGGACAUCAUCCUCGUUCUGCAGGAAAAGGAACACAAGGUGUUUCAGAGAGAUGAUUUGCACAUGACCCACAAGAUUGGUCUUGUAGAAGCACUCUGUGGUUUUCAGUUCACAUUCCAACAUUUGGAUGGACGGCAAAUUGUUGUGAAGUAUCCCCCAGGGAAAGUUGAACCAGGUUGUGUUUACGUUGUUAAGGGUAAAGGAAUGCCGCAGUAUCGUAACCCUUUUGAGCUUCAACUCUACAUAAGUAGUUCCCUUGAUAUUCUCAUGGCAUACUAA